AUGCUACCGUCCAUUAUUUCCGGGUUUACGAUCUUCAAUCCGAGAAUCCGUGUUUUGUGGCAAAGAACAGGAGACGAAGACAAUGCCGGUUCAAAGUCACUUGCAUUCGCAGCAACGACAAGUCUUUUUUACCAGAGUGAGGUAUGUACGAAAGAACAUGCGUUGUUAUUUGUUUUGAAGAUGAACUAUAAUCUACGUUGUUAUUUAUCCUGAAGAUGACUCACUACAAUCUAGUCGAAAGGUAGAUUCAAUAAAUCAAAACAAAAUGUUAUUCGGAGUUACUGUUCUUUUGUAUGUUAUUUGUUUUGGUUUGUGGAAAAUACGACGUAUAUUUAUUUUUGGAAAGCAAAAUUGAAACCCACCUUCAUGAUAUUUUUAUAAAUUUAGCAAUUACUAAUGCACUAUAAUGAUCAAUUAACGAUGAAAGCACGUCAAGUUUCUUCUUCCUUAGGUCGAACUUGCAUUGAUACAGAACGGUGAAAAAACUGCAGUGGUCGCUGGUUUCGCUGUAGAAGCCAAGUCAAUUUCGGAAAUAAGCUUCUUGAGUUCGCUACAUCUGUCAGAUCUUGCGGUGGUGUAUGUCAGUCAGAGGAUACCUAUCUCACCGUACGAGUUCCUUAAUCCAUCGUUCAAACGUUAUAUUCAAGGAGGGUCGGAUGGCGAACCAGAAUUUCAAGGAAUCACGAUCUAUGCAAGAUUUGUCCCGAAAGCUGACAAUAUGCUGGGGCAUAUGUUACGUAAAGGUAGGUGAUAGUAACCUAAUAAUACAAGUAAUAGUAGUACGAAAAUAAUGCCUUUCUUUUUUCACCGAUGCUACAAUUUAUUUCAAGCAUCCAUGUGUGUGUAGAUAUACAGCGUGAAUAAGAUCCCACACGCCCUAUGGCAAUUUCGUUCAAGAAAUAAACUUUCUGUGUUGCUGUAAUCAAAACAAAAAUCAUGAUUACUAGAUUACAUUGAUAUCGAAGGAACUAGAUUCUGUUCCGAAAUAUUACAUACUUGAACCGACCUGACCGCGUAGCUCAGUUAAUGGCAGAGCAUUGAGCUGGUAUUCCAAAGGUUGUCGGUUCGAUUCCCACCUUGGCCAGGCAUAUUUUUCAAGCUUGCCCGGUGUGGAUAUACACUCAGAGUAGCAUCACAAGCAUCAACCUCCGAAAAUGUUGAGCUUGUACUCUUUUAUUCUUCAUGAGAUUAUGAUCGACUCCAAAAGUGAUCUACCGAGCAAAUAAACAGGGCCGCAGGUUUCGGGUUUUAUUCAACUGUGAACUUUAGAGUUGAAUGAAAACCUCUCUCUUGUCGUUUAUCUAACAGUCCAACUAAUCCCAUUGUAUUAACAGGAGUGGAACAGGACAGCGAGCUGAAGUCAGAAGAAGGCAAAGAGCCUGAAAUAAUAGUGAAAAUAUCCUUUCCGGCACUCAUAUUUGAGUUGGAGGUGAAACUGGGCUCGGAAGGCCUUCAAAUUGGUAGCAUUUCUGGAUGGAGAUUUACUUACAUGAAGUUAAUAAUCAGCAAGCAACUAAUUGGUUUGUCGCUCAAAUGCAAGAUCAAUUUGGAUAGCAAAAAUCCAGAUUCCAUUGACUCCACUUUUACUGGCCAAGUUUCGGUAAGUUUAAAUACGUUAAGGUUAUACGAAAAUUGAAUGAGAAAUUGGCAAACCGGCGUUUGUCUUGCUUUCCUUGGCAGAGUAAAGCGAAUGCGCAAUCGGCCUUAAUCAGGUUUCCGUCCAAUUUCCAGGAAUUUCAGUUACAAUGCUGGACGUUUUAUAUGUUGUUUAUAUCAUCAUUACGAGUGUUCAGCAUUAUUUUCGAACUCCUUCAGAAACUGUGUUAUACACAAAAUUUAGUUAAAUAUUCUUGGUUAAGGUUAAGACGGGACUUCUUAUACAAACAAAAAUCUAAACAUUUUUGCUUAACUCGCCUUUAUUUUAGCAUUUGAUUUUUGGAUAAAUGCUUGGUGGUUCUGAUAAAAUGGUCAACUUGUUUUUACUGGUACUAAAAGCACAUUAUCGUUUUUUUUAUAUCCACAGUUCACGUUCACCGGUACAAUCACUAUAUCUCUUCUCUGGGAAGGCGAGUGGAAUAAUCCUUUUCGAAUAAGUAAACGUUUAACCGUCCGUCGUUUGGGCUUGGCUCUUGGCAUAAAUGUCGUUGAUUUGGUACCGAGUUUUGGGAUAACGGGUGCAAUUAGCGUGAAGGUUCCCAGUGCGGCUGGAAAAGAUCCAAUCGAUGUCAAUCUGACCCUAUGUAUCGAUCCAUCAACGCCAGAUAAAACCGUCUUUGAACUUCAUUUUACUCGACUUCUUCUCGAAGAUGUGAUCAACCUGUUUGCUGGUCAUCCAGUAAGCUUGCCUCAGAAGUUGGCGGAGGUUGGUUUCCCUGACGAGGUUCAGAUAUAUUUCUCUCUUGCAGGGAAUCCAGAUUGUUUCGGUAAAAGGUAAUUAAGUCCAGUUAGUAAAAUUAAGUGAGUUUUAUAUUAUUAUAUACAUGGAGUAAUACCUUCAGUCAUAUUCAUGGUCGGACUUCAAUCAAUGUUAUUUCUUCAUUAGCAUAUUUAGAUGACAAUAAAAUUAUGAUUUUUUUGUGUGUUCGUGUAAUGUACUCAGGUGAAUAUGAUGGUUGUGAUGUUACUCCAAGUGUAUAUCCACACCGGCCAAGCUUGGAAAAACUCGAACCGACCUGACCGCGUAGCUCAGUUGGCAGAGCAUUGGGCUAGUAUUCCAAAGGUCGUAGGUUCGAAUCCCGCCGUGGCCAGGCAUAUUUUUCAAGCUUGGCCGGUGCGGAUAUACACUCAGAGUAACAUCACAACCAUAAUAAAAUUAUGACCGAAAUAUGUUUGUGCACAAAACAUGAAUAUAUUAUCAUUGACUUUUUCUUUCUUUUCUACAGAUAUGAUCCUGGUGUCGAGAUCCAUGGCACCCUCCAGAUUCCCUUUCUCAAAAUUCGAGCCCGUAUCGAUCUCAGUAUUGCGCUUCCACCAGCACCAUUUCGACUUGACGCGAAUCUGGAGCUAGAUCCAAUCAUCUACCUUGGUGGUGUUCUUAAGGUGGUCGACGCUGAUACUGAUACCAAAGGAGCACACUUGAAAAUGCAUAUAACUGAAAAGUUAUCUGAUUUGAUGAUUGAUGGUUCUUGCAGGGUAAGCUAAUUAAGCCACUAAUUAAGCCACUAAUUAAGCCACUAAUUAAGUAACUAAUUAAGCCACUAAUUAAGUCACUAAUUAAGUCACUAAUUAAGCUACUAAUUAAGCUACUAAUUAAGUUACUAAUUAAGCCACUAAUUAAGUCACUAAUUAAUUACAACUAAUCACGUAACUAUUAAAUUAAAUAUUAAACUAAUCAAUUAACUAGUUAACACAACAUAUCUCUUAUUUUCCACAGAUUGAAAUCUUUGGUGCUAUGAUUUCGGUGAAACUGCAAAUAAAUAGUCAGAAAUUCUUCUUCGAUGGCAAACUGAAUCUAUGGAACUUGUUCCAAGUAUAUCUCUUGGUCGAUAUCUCGAUGGUCAACAAAACAACAAGCGUCCAUGUCGUUGGGGAAAUGCAGAACGACCUGUUUGCCAAGAUCAAGCAGAAAGCCACUCAAGUGAUCCGAGCUGGCGCUAGAGAAAUAAACGCAAAGAUUGAAGGCGCUGUCCAGAAGAUCGACCAUGCUAAAGACGAGGUUAAUAGUCUUCAAAAUUCCAUAAAGUAAGUUUACGUUGUUGCAUUACCACACUAUGACCAAGUACAUGUUUACAUCAAGUAUUACUUAUAUUACCUACUCAUCCCUAGACUAUUUAUCUUUACAACAAUGAAUUGUGAUAUUACUUUCUUAACUGUGUUUACCCUAACCCACCCUGUCAACUUUUUCCCUGUGGGAGGAAACCGGAACACCCGGAGAAAACCCACAACUUUCGGCAGAGCCUUGGCGGACUCUUUUCACAUGAGUCCGUAGCGAGAAUCGAACCCAUUGCUUAUAUUUGAGAACGCAUUCGUGACACCGAAAUACCUUAAGUCCUUAACAAUAAUUUUAUGUCUUAGUUACCAUGGACAAAAGAUCGAGGAAGCGAAAAGAGAGUGCCGCAAAGCACCAUGGUACAAGAAAUAUAUCUGUGUUGCAACUGCGGGUAAACUAAUCUAUCAUGGUGGUAUUAUUGCUGGAUUGGAAAUUGCACGCGUCGCUGCUGACGCAGUUCUGGAUGCCGCCAAAUUCUUUUUGAAAGGUGUGCAAGAUGUUAUCAAGGUCAGUGCUUAUCAUUUUAAGAAGUUAUUAUUUAUUUAUUUAUUGGAUUUACAAUCAUACAAAAGUGCUAUAAAAUACGUAAGUUAAUGUAACAGGGAUUGAAGGUAUGGUUAACAGGACACGAGUCCCAUGUGAAGACGAACCUGAUACAAAACAACAAGUAGGCAUACAUUAAAGCACGGCGCUAAUUAAAGACAGGGACUAGAGCACUAUUUACAUAGCUAUAUAAAAAUUAACAGGUUAGAUUAUGAGCAACAGCUUAAGUUGAAAGAAGAGCACUAGGUUUUCCAAGUGCGCAUUCUGUUAACAUCGAAAGAAGAGUCUAAUUGAGAAGAGUAGUGAAUAUUGAGCUGGAGCUCAAAGGAUGAAACAGAUGAACUGUUACGAAUGAUCGGAGAAAGAUAUGAUUGUUCCAUAGAAAGACAAUUGGUUAAAAGACGUUUCUAAAAAGAGAGGUUUUGCACGUAUAUUGACCUGAAGAAAGUUGUCAUUGCUUGAACGGGUGCGAGAUCAGCGAUUAGAAAAAAAGGUGACAAAAGAGGAGAUAUCUAGAUCGUAGAGGCCUUGUUUGCAUUGGAAAAAAAAGAUGAGAUCCUUUAUUUCAAGCCAGUAAGAUACAGAUAAUAAGUUUAUUUUUGAAAGAUAUAACCAUUGAGGAAUAUUUAUAAACUUGCUCAAAAAUAUAUAAGUAUUUUAUCUAUAUUUCUGAUUGAAUCAGUGACCGUUCUUAUUUUCCUGACGCAGGUUGGGGCAGAAGUCAUUACGUCGCUGGUCAAUGCGGCAUUGAGUAUUAUUGAUAUUCGUUAUGUCAGAUUUGAGGUUCAAAUGGAUGGUGUUACCAAGAUGUUCGAUUUUGUAAGUAACACAACUGACUUUUUUUGGACUGGGUAGUUCUAUCAGUUCUCUACAGUUCUCCCUAGAGGUCCAGUUACAGUAAAGACGUUUGUUUAUACAUAUGCCUGUAGUUAACGUUGUUUUAGUAUACAGAGGUAUAGAAUAGAACAAAGGUAAUUCAGCUUUAUAUUGGAAUUAUCUACGUGGAUGAAUAACUCUUUCUGAAUUUUAUUAGAACUUUUAUACAUAAUUCUAAUGCUUAGUUACCUAACUUACCUUUGUCCUAUUUUGUGCUUCUGUUAACUAAAACGAUAUUGUAACCAAGCAUGCGACGCCAAUUUGUUGACAUUUAAAUCGUCUGGCGUUACACCAAAAAAAUUACAAACAGGAGCGAAACUUGAGGGGGGUAUGGGGGGGGGGACCCCCCAAAAUACGAAUCCUCCCGAUUGGCAGGGCAAUCAAAGAUUUUAAAUGAUAGAAUGUAGAGUUAUUAAGUAACUUAUUACAGCUAGCAAACAAUAAGCAAUUCGUAUGCAUGUACAUUGGCAUCGGCAGUUCAAUAUACACGUAACUUAGUGAUGUAUUGUAUUACUGCUAUUAGCGCUGGCGCUGCAGGGCAUCGUUGGUUUUGGCAGGGCAAUUCAGCCAGACACCCCCCGUUCUGUUCUACACUUGUAUAAUGAUAAGUCAUUUGAAUUCCUGGUGUUGUAUUGGUGAGCAGUUGCUCAGGUUUGCAGCAGGCAUGUGUUCCUUUAGGGGGCCAAGUUUAAUAAUUUUGCUCAAGGGUUUUUAUGCAGAUUGUGUUUCGUCUAUUGUCUAAUCUUUCACAACCCGCCAUCACCAAUGCUUCGUUGUAGGAAUGGUCGGGAAAUAUGAUACGCAUUACUCGAUUUUGCACUCUUUCCUGCAGCACUACACUCCAACUCCGUGAAAUUCACAGUGAAGUAAGGCGUUAAUGACAGUGAAGUAAGGCGUUAAUGACAAGUAUUUUUCGUUGUUUCUAGAAAGCAGAAAUUGAAAUUCUUGGCAAAUGGACCUUCACUCCACAUUUCCACAUCGACUUCAGCAGCUCAGAGAGUGCCAAUGAGGGUAUCGACUCGGCUGGCGAGUCAAUCGGUAAAGAUACCAUGGACCAAGUGAAGAAGUAA